CAAAUCUACCCGAUUUGGAAUGAGCGUUAAAAGGAUUCUCUGUUUCGUUUGUCUUGUCGUUCUACAACAGAUUUCGGCAAUGUUUUGGAGGGAUGCAAAACUUUUUGUGGAUGAGCACAACCGAUAUCGUAAAAUGUUGGUAGAUGGCGAGUUGACAAAUCAGCCAACAGCCAGAUAUAUGCGCAUACUGUCUUGGGAUAGACUGUUGUCCAGAAAUGCCCAGAGACUGGCGUCAGAAUGCAGAGUGGGACAUGACAGUGGCAGUGAACGAGCUACCCCAACUUUUCCGUUGGUUGGACAAAACUGGGCCGGAACGGAUAACUAUACAGACGCGGUGCGUCUUUGGUUUGAAGAGUACAGAUUUUACGACUAUCGGGAAAAUACUUGCGAGUCUGGAAAGUUGUGUGGACACUACACACAGUUAGUGUGGGCCGAAACCAGAAAAAUAGGAUGCGGAGUUCAAAAUUGUCCUGCGUCGACUUUCCCGUAUGGCUAUUCUGUCGUUUGCAACUAUGGACCU